CUUACCCGCUUCCUCUAACCGCCCAUCUGGCACCACGUUUUGCUUUGCAUUGCGUGCGAUUUGAGCAGAGUAUUCCAAUUCCAUCAUAUAAAUCCCUCGUUUCUCGAAAAGGGUCCUCCUAUUCCUCUUCAUCUCUCUCUUUCUCGCUCUGCAUUUCUUGUUUUCUGGGGAGCUUCUAGUUUUUUAUCCAUGGCGUCUGCUGCUACUCUUAGCCCUGCUGACAGUGAGAAGCUCUCUAAGCUUAAAGCCGCUGUCUCUGGUCUCAACCAGAUAAGUGAGAAUGAGAAAUCGGGAUUUGUCAACCUCGUCUCUCGUUAUCUCAGUGGGGAAGCACAGCAUGUUGAAUGGAGCAAGAUCCAGACUCCAACAGACGAAGUAGUGGUUCCUUAUGACUCCUUGGCACCCGUACCUAAUGAUCCUGCUGAAACGAAGAAGUUGUUGGACAAACUUGUCGUUUUGAAGCUUAAUGGAGGUUUGGGGACAACAAUGGGCUGCACUGGUCCUAAGUCAGUCAUUGAAGUCCGGAAUGGUUUGACAUUUCUUGACUUGAUUGUUAUCCAAAUAGAGAAUCUCAAUUCUAAAUACGGGUGCAAGGUUCCCUUGCUUCUGAUGAACUCAUUUAAUACUCACGAUGAUACCCAGAAGAUCGUUGAAAAAUACAAAGGUUCAAAUGUGGAAAUCCAUACUUUUAACCAGAGCCAAUAUCCACGUUUAGUUGCUGAUGACUAUCUUCCACUCCCAAGCAAAGGGCGUACCGACAAGGAUGGAUGGUACCCUCCUGGACACGGUGAUGUUUUCCCAUCCUUGAAAAACAGUAACAAACUUGAUGCCCUGAUAUCUCAGGGUAAGGAGUACGUCUUUGUUGCAAACUCAGACAAUUUAGGUGCUAUUGUGGACUUACAAAUCUUAAAUCAUUUGAUUCACAACAAGAAUGAGUAUUGCAUGGAGGUGACACCCAAAACCUUGGCUGAUGUGAAGGGUGGUACUCUCAUUUCUUAUGAAGGGAAGGUUCAGCUACUGGAAAUUGCCCAGGUCCCUGAUGAACACGUCAACGAAUUCAAGUCAAUUCAGAAGUUCAAAAUUUUCAACACCAAUAAUUUGUGGGUGAACUUGAAAGCAAUCAAAAGGCUAGUGGAAGCCGAUGCACUUAAGAUGGAGAUUAUUCCAAAUCCCAAGGAAGUUGAUGGGAUUAAAGUUCUUCAACUCGAGACAGCAGCUGGUGCAGCAAUCAGGUUCUUUGAUCAUGCCAUCGGUAUAAAUGUACCGCGAUCGCGUUUUCUUCCUGUCAAGGCAACUUCGGAUUUGCUUCUUGUCCAGUCUGAUCUGUAUACCUUAGUUGAUGGCAAUGUCAUUCGCAACAAGGCUAGAAAAGAUCCUUCCAAUCCUUCCAUUGAACUGGGCCCUGAAUUCAAGAAGGUUGGUAGCUUCUUGAGCCGAUUCAAGUCAAUCCCCAGUAUCAUUGAACUUGAUAGCCUUAAAGUGGUUGGCGACGUAUCGUUCGGGUCUGGUGUUGUUCUCAAGGGAAAAGUGACCAUCUCGGCCAAAUCAGGGGCCAAGUUGGCAAUACCCGACAACGCCAUAAUUGAAAACAAGGAAAUAAAUGGCCAAGAAGAUAUAUAAUAUAAUACCUUUGCUUUGCAUCCACAACUUCUUCAGAGCAGAAGCUUUUUGGCAUCCGAGUACUCUUUUUAGUACCAAAAAAAAAAAGCAUGCGGUUUUGUCAGUAAUAUGCGUCCAGUUUGGCAAUGUUCUUUUGGGAUACGAUGAACUUGUUGGCGUUUAUAGACCAAAAUGAGUUUCUAAUAAUAUAUAUUACAUAAUAACCAAAAGUUCUAGACUAA